AUGGCGGAUGAAUUUUCCAAGGUUGCGUCUCAAUCGCAAGCCGGGAUCCAGUCCCUUAGCGACCAAACAUCCCUCCUUGACUUGUCGGCACGUCAAUCUGCACAGCCUUCAGCACCACAGCCGACGGACGAAAGAGAGGAGGAAGAGGAAGAAGCUCAGCAUGAAGACGACAAUGGCAAGCCUUUUCCAGGCGCUCAAACCGAGAGAGAUCUAGCCCACCACCGACUCUUCGGCCGACAGGGUUUUCUCCGAAGCACACGGACCACAAAGCAUUCAUGGGCAAAGGCUGAGCCCUUUGUGAAGCAGUACCACUUGCCGUGGAAUGUUCCACUUUCUCCCGAGAGCCUUGGCAAGCUGAUCCAUGGAUUCGCUCCCGUGGAAAUGGAGGAUAAAUGGUUCAUCUAUGCGGAUGGCCCAGACGCUUCUGGUGCUGCCACGGUCAAUUUCCACCGCAGUUGGACAGGGGCAAAAGUCGCUGAAAUUGCACUUGAUAUUGCGUGGGGCGAAGACAGCGCUGCAGGAUUGUGGAGCGGGAGUAUCGUCCAGCUAACCUUGGAGAGUGAUAUAGACGGCUUGCCGGAGGAAGACUCGGCCGAGGAGUUGGUGAAGUUCCAAGUCCUGGAAGCAUGCCAUUGGGUAUUAGGCAUCAAGCUCGUUGACGAGAUAAAGGAACCAAAGUCUUGGGAGGCACUAUCCAAGAUGCCGGCCCUGUCACGACGUUUAUCGACGUCACAAAUCACCUAUCGGGGCACCCGAGUUUCGCAGGAGACGAUGGAAGAUCUUGAGCGUCUGAGAUUCCAGAAUGUCCAGAUCUUGCUUUCAUAG